CGUUCUGCACCCUGAGAGCGGAGUCUACAUUGGUGGGAAUUUUGAAGGACGAAAAUCUGAAUGUGAAAACCUUUGCAUCUUCCGAUAGCCUAGCCAAGGUCCAAGAAGUAGCAAGCUGGCUUUUGGAAAUGAAUCAGGAACUGCUCUCUGUGGGCAGCAAAAGACGACGAACUGGUGGCUCUUUGAGAGGUAACCCUUCCUCAAGCCAGGCCGAUGAGGAGCAGAUGAAUCGUGUGCAGCAGCAGCAGCAGCAGCAGCAGCUGAGACAAGAGGAGGAACACACUGCACGGAACGGUGAAGUCAUUGGACCAGAACCUAGAUCUGGGGAGCAGAAUGAUUCCCAGCAAGUUCAGCUGGAAGAAAACAAUAAUAGAUUUAUUUCAGUAGAUGAGGACUCCUCAGGAAACCAGGAAGAACAAGAGGAAGAUGAUGAACAUGCUGGUGAACAAGAUGAGGAGGAUGAAGAAGAGGAAGAAAUGGACCAAGAGAGUGACGAUUUUGAUCAGUCUGAUGACAGUAGUAGGGAAGAUGAACACACACACAGUAACAGUGUCACAAACUCCAGUAGUAUUGUGGACCUGCCUAUUCAACUGUCCUCUCCAUUGUAUACUAAGACAACAAAAAUGAAAAGAAAGUUGGACCAUGGUUCUGAGGUCCGCUCUUUUUCUUUGGGAAAGAAACCAUGCAAAGUCUCAGAAUAUACAAGUACCACUGGGAUUGUACCAUAUUCAGCAACACCAACAACUUUCGGAGACCUGAGAGCAGCCAAUGGCCAAGGGCAGCAGCGACGCCGGAUUACAUCUGUCCAACCACCUACAGGCCUGCAGGAAUGGCUGAAAAUGUUUCAGAGCUGGAGUGGACCUGAAAAAUUGCUUGCUUUAGAUGAGCUAAUUGAUAGUUGUGAACCAACCCAAGUAAAACAUAUGAUGCAAGUGAUAGAACCCCAGUUUCAACGAGACUUCAUUUCCUUGCUCCCUAAAGAGUUGGCGCUUUAUGUGCUUUCAUUCUUGGAACCCAGAGAUCUGCUACAGGCGGCUCAGACCUGCCGCUACUGGAGAAUUUUGGCUGAAGACAACCUUCUCUGGAGAGAGAAAUGCAAAGAGGAGGGUAUUGAUGAGCCAUUGCAUAUCAAGAGAAGAAAAGUAAUAAAGCCAGGCUUCAUUCACAGUCCAUGGAAAAGUGCAUAUAUCAGACAGCACAGAAUUGAUACUAACUGGAGGCGAGGAGAACUCAAAUCACCCAAGGUGCUGAAAGGACAUGAUGAUCAUGUGAUCACAUGCUUGCAGUUCUGUGGUAACCGGAUAGUUAGUGGUUCUGAUGACAACACUUUAAAAGUCUGGUCAGCAGUCACAGGCAAAUGUUUGAGGACAUUGGUGGGGCACACCGGGGGCGUGUGGUCAUCACAGAUGAGAGACAAUAUCAUCAUCAGUGGCUCUACAGACCGGACGCUCAAAGUGUGGAAUGCGGAGACAGGAGAAUGUAUACACACCCUCUAUGGGCACACAUCCACUGUGCGCUGCAUGCACCUCCAUGAGAAAAGAGUUGUGAGCGGCUCUCGAGACGCCACUCUUCGGGUCUGGGACAUUGAGACAGGCCAGUGUUUACAUGUUUUGAUGGGUCACGUAGCCGCGGUCCGCUGUGUUCAGUAUGACGGCAGGAGGGUUGUUAGUGGAGCGUAUGAUUUCAUGGUGAAAGUGUGGGAUCCAGAGACUGAGACCUGUCUACACACGCUGCAGGGACAUACUAAUAGAGUCUAUUCAUUACAGUUUGACGGCAUCCAUGUGGUGAGUGGCUCUCUUGAUACAUCAAUUCGAGUUUGGGAUGUGGAGACUGGGAACUGCAUUCACACACUGACAGGCCACCAGUCUUUGACAAGUGGAAUGGAGCUCAAGGACAAUAUUCUCGUCUCUGGGAAUGCCGACUCCACAGUUAAAAUCUGGGAUAUCAAGACAGGACAGUGUUUACAAACAUUGCAAGGUCCCAACAAGCAUCAGAGUGCUGUGACCUGUUUACAGUUCAACAAGAACUUUGUUAUUACCAGCUCAGAUGAUGGAACUGUAAAACUCUGGGACUUGAAAACGGGUGAAUUUAUCCGGAAUCUCGUUACCUUGGAGAGCGGGGGGAGUGGUGGUGUGGUAUGGCGGAUCCGAGCCUCCAACACGAAGCUGGUGUGCGCAGUUGGGAGUCGGAAUGGAACAGAGGAAACCAAGCUGCUGGUGUUGGACUUUGAUGUGGACAUGAAGUGAGGAGCGCCAAGAAAAGUUCGUCCACUCGUGUAGGCGAUAAUCUCCCUACCCUUCCCCCCUGCGGAAAAAAAAAAGGAAAAAAGGAAAAAAAAAAAAGAAAAAGAAAAAAAUCCCUUGCUCUCAGUGGUGCAGGAUGUUGGCUUGGGGCAACAGAGCGCAAAGACCUACAGACCAAGAGGCGCGAGGAAGCGGGACCGACACUGAGUGGAGGCGGCUGCCGGCGCACUUCGGCCCAGGCCGGCUCACAAAGCAGACUCUGAAAUCCAACCAGGUGCAAUUCUUUUUCUUUUCUUCUCCAGUGGUCAUGGGGCACUGCUGACAUUCAAGGUCCACUCACAGUUCUCCCCCACGGAGACCUUUUUUUUUUUUUUUUUUUUUUUUUUAUAAGAAAAAAAAUGCCGCAAUAACAUCAACAGCACAAGGACAGGUUGACUUUUUGAUCAGAGAGAACAUCUGCUACAACAACAACAAAAAGUCAUUUUUCUGGAGUGGAAAAGCUUAAGAAAAUUACUGUGAAUUGUUUUUGUACAGUUAUCAUGAAAAGCUUUUUUUUUUCUUUUUGCCAACCAUUGCCAAUGUCAAUCAAUCACAGUAUUAGCCUCUGUUAAUCUUUUUACUGUCGCUUCCACAUACACUCUUCAGUGCACAUGUUGCUCAAAAGGGGGCAAGUUGUCCUGGGUUCCGUGAGUCCCAAGGUGGAUUGAAGUCUGAUGCUGGUGCUAGAAGUAGGUCUUCAAACGUGGGAUCGUCGUCCCAGCCUGUACUGUACUCCCAGUGGCCAAACUUAUUUAUGCUGCUAAAUGAAAGAAAGAAAAAAAAAGCAAAUUAUUUUUUUUUAUUUUUUUUUUCUGCUGUGACGUUUUAGUCCCAGACUGAAUUCCAAAUUUGCUCUAGUUUGGUUACAGAAAAAAAAAAAAAAGACUUUUUUGCCACUGAAACUUGAACCAUCUGUGCCUCUAAGAGGCUGAGAAUGGGAGAGUUUCAGAUAAUAAAGAGUGAAGUUUGCCUGCAAGUAAAGAAUUGAGAGUGUGUGCAAAGCUUAUUUUCUUUUAUCUGGGCAAAAAAUUAAAACACAUUCCUUGGAACAGAGCUCUUGCCACCUGUUCUGUGGAGAAACUUUUCUUUGUGAGGGCUGUGGUGAAUGGAUGAACAUACAUAAGAAACUGACAAAAUAUUUUAAAAAUAUAUAAAACACAAAAUUCAAAUAAAGUUGCUGGUCAGUCUUAGUGUCUUACAGUAUUGGGGAAACAACUGUUACAGUUUUAUUGCUCUGAGUAACUGACAAAGCAGAAACGAAUAUUCCGUUUUUGUAGUAAAGGCGUCACAAGCAAACAAAUGAAUGAAAGUCAAAUGGUUUGCCUCAUUCUCCAAGAGCCACAACUCAAGCUGAACUGUGAAAGUGGUUUAACACUGUAUCCUAGGCCGUCUUUCUUUCCUCCUCCUGUUUAUUUUUUUUGUUUGUUUUUAUUUAUAGUCUGAUUUAAAACAAUCAGAUUCAAGUUGGUUAAUUUUAGUUAUGUAACAACCUGACAUGAUGGAGGGAAACAACCUUUAAAGGGAUUGUGUCUAUGGUUUGAUUCACUUAGAAAUUUUAUUUUCUUAUAACUUAAGUGCAAUAAAAUGUGUUUUUUCAUGUUA